AUGCAAUCGCCGUUCGUGAACCCUGUCGAUCCCGCAGCACAAGCUCAACGGCCCGAGAGAGCCCACUCACCACCUGCGCCUCGGCACCGAAUUCCAUUCUUGCCUGGGCCGACCUUGGAAGAUGAACAUCGGAUUCUAGCUGCCCAGAAAAACGAUCCGGCACCCCCACGGAACAAUGCACUCGGGCUCUUUGCGCCUGUAGUGCGAUCCCCCGCCAUAGCUGAGGGUGUUGACAAGAGUAAGAUCUACGAGCAGCACCCUAUCCCGGAGUCCCCAUACAAGGUUGCCUCUCUACCAAAGCCUCGAGGCCCAUUACUUGAGGCAUGGAGGACUCGUAUGGGACUGGACGUGUCGGCUCCUACAGUCACAUCUACAACUUGUAGGGGAGGUCUACUCCCAACUAGGGUCCUUGAUCUCAUCGCUGUGAUGCUGUUGCACGACGCACCACCAAAGACACGCCCGCGUCACACACUCAAGGAAUUCAGUCUGGCGUCCAGGAGAUUCAGGAGUGUGGCGGCACCUUACAUCUACGAGCAUGGUAUCUUAGCAGCAAACGGGGACGCGGGAGUAUAUGCGCGCACCGGAAACAGCAAAUAUAUUCGAUCACUUACCAUUCAGUUCGAGCCGCACGAUCCGUGGAACCCUCACGGUGCCCUUAUGGACCAAAAGCUCUACCCGACCCAGCUCCAUACCGCAGACCAGAUUCAAGAAACCGGACUCGACCAUUUCUUCCCGAACCUAACCCAAAUCUCAUUCGUCGCCAAGUUUUCGCCCGACGAGGCACGUAUCAAGUGGCUCGCCGGUUCGCACAUCUUUGGGCCCUCUUUCGGAAGUGGUAAUUUUGAACCCACGAAUCGUGCCAAGUUGUACGAAAGCCCCGGGUUCUUGGCGAUGAAGCUUUUGCAGCUGAUCCCGCCCAAGGUCAAGACGGUUGGAUUAGAUGCGGACCUUUCGGAAGUGGUCACCAAGUUUACGAUCGCGUUUAUGACUCGAGCCGGAGACCCAGCGGACGAGGUUCGUUUGGAUCUGGUCACGCGUCGCGAUCAAGUCGUUCAGGAGGUCGAGUUUGCGAUUCAUUCUCAUGCCUCUUCGUCGACUGAUCCGACUCCCGCACGGACGACGAUGGUCAUGUACGGUCCCUCGUACGGUACUCGUGUUGUGUGGGACGGAACCAACCCAGAGAGCCCAUCUCAGACUAUCUGGAGUCGAUUCGAGCAACCGGAGAAACAAUCGCAAGCCGAAAUGAAAGAAGUUCUGCCCCCGACGUGGGAAGAGUUGGGGCCCGGACCACGACGCACGACUCGCGAGUCCACAAGUCCGUAUAAAAGCCCGCCGUUGAACGAGGACGAAGAUGGGUUGCCGAAUCGCAAACGGGGACAACUCACGGCGUCGGUCAAGAAUUCUAAGCAGGUGCCGAUGUAUGCCAAGGACCGAGCCCGUCAGCGCGGACCUUUUCCCAAAUCCGAACCCGAACCUGAAUGCAAAGUGGAGUCGGCUUCCGAAGCACAGCCGGAACACGGGCCAGAGCUAGAGCCAGAGUCCAAUUUCAAGAGGGAGCCGGGGCCACCGUCAGAGCCAACUGACAUUCCAUUCGACCAAAAGUGCGCCUGGAUUGCGGGUAGCACCCUCGCCCAGUUCCCCGAAACCAUCUCGUCCACGUUCAAACAAGUCAACGACUCAGCCUUAUCCACCAGCAACAUCAACACCUCCAACGUCGGCCGUCUCCAGCUCCAAGGUGAAGAUGCCGACUAUCCUGAAUUUUGGCGGUUUGUUGAUAAUAUGUCCGGGAACGAGUCUCGUAUUGGGGUUUGGCAUACGACCGCACGUGCCGAGGUGGAGACGUUCAUGACGGCGUAUAGAGAGAAGCGGUUUGGGGAUAAUAUGGAGGCGCUCAAGUUGCAGAUGUUGCAUGAUAUUAGGGCGGAUGGGACAGUGGUGGAACAGGAGCUUGGGCUGGUGGACCGAGAAAAGGCCGAGCGGACAAUGGGUUCCAGCGUUGGCACUUUUGCUCUUAAGUCUGGCUCCGGAAGCCAGUCUUCUAAACGAGCGCGCAUUGAGUAG